AGCCACGUAAUGGGGAGUCAGAACCAAUUCAUUUCCUGCUUUUCGUUACUUGUGCUCUGCAACCUCAUCCUUUCGGGGCCUUUGAUUUGUUCUAAACAAUCUCAGCCAAUAGCUUAAUUAACUGCUUCACUCUACAAACCACCGCGUCAAGAUUUAUGACCAAAGAUGGGGAAUCCUCAGUGCCCUGGACUUCCUAUAACGAUGUCGCAGGAGAAUGUGGUGUGAGAGGAUUGUCACGUCCCAGGUCUCGGCCAUGCUCAGCACACAGGCACCUUUCUUCUUCCCCACGGCCCCCUUCAUCCUCUUUGUCUUCACGGCUUCCACCGUAUUUCACCUUCAGCAGAGGCUAGUGAAGAUUCAGCCCACAUGGGAGUUACAGACACUGGAGCCAGCAACCGAGGAAUCUCCCUCGAGCCCCCAGCGGAGCCCCCGGCCAAAGGGCAUGUGGACGAUCAAUGCCAUAGGCCGCCUGGGGAACCAGAUGGGGGAGUACGCCACCCUGUUCGCCCUGGCCAAGAUGAAUGGGCGGCCGGCCUUCAUCUCGCCCCAGAUGCACAGCACGCUGGCCCCCAUCUUCAGAAUUACCCUCCCCGUCCUGCACGACACCACGGCCAGCAGGAUCCCCUGGCAGAACUACCCCCUGAACGACUGGAUGGAAGAGCGGUACCGACACAUCCCGGGAGAGUAUGUGCGCCUCACCGGCUACCCCUGCUCUUGGACCUUCUACCACCACGUCCGCGCCGAGAUCCUCCAGGAGUUCACCCUGCACGACCACGUGCGUGAGGAGGCCCAGAAUUUUCUGCGGGGUCUGCAGGUGAAUGGGAGCCGGCCGAGCACCUACAUAGGGGUCCACGUGCGCCGGGGGGACUACGUCCACGUUAUGCCCAACGUGUGGAAGGGCGUGGUGGCCGACCGGGGCUACCUGCAGCAGGCCCUGGACUGGUUCCGGGCUCGCUACCGCUCCCCCAUCUUCGUGGUCACCAGCAACGGCAUGGCCUGGUGUCGGGAAAACAUUGAGGCUUCCCGUGGGGAUGUGGUCUUUGCCGGCAAUGGCAUUGAGGGCUCACCCGCCAAGGACUUUGCAUUGCUCACGCAAUGUAAUCACACCAUCAUGACCAUUGGGACGUUUGGGAUCUGGGCCGCCUACCUCGCAGGUGGAGAGACCAUCUACCUGGCCAAUUAUACCCUCCCAGACUCUCCCUUCCUCAAAGUCUUUAAGCCAGAGGCAGCCUUCCUGCCAGAUUGGACUGGGAUCGCGGCAGACCUGUCCCCACUCCUCAAGCACUGAUGUUAGCUGGUCCAUCAGCACUCCAUUCCCCUCUUCUGGAUCCCCCAAGAUCUGUUCCAAGGUAUGAGAAGCACAUUAUUACAUGUUCCAGAACACUGCCCUCUUGUACCAUAAUGCUUC